CGGCCUGUGUUCAUGUUCAGUAACAGAUAUUUAUACCAGUGAGCGCUAAAAACUCGGAGUGUGGAUCUCUACAGUAGGAGAAGACCGAGUCCUCUCUGCAGCGUAUUUAAGAAGUUUUAUGAGGUCCUGCUAGCGGGUCGCGAUGUUCAACAACUCAUUUGGGACUCCCUUUGGUGGGGGGACAGGAGGGUUCGGCACAUCUUCGACCUUUGGACAGCAAAACACGAGCUUCGGGGCAGCGGGCGGCUUUGGGACAUCUGCAUUUGGAGCCACCACCAACACAGGAGGAUUGUUUGGCUCCACACAGACUAAACCUGGCGGUCUGUUUGGGUCCAGUACAUUCAGCCAGCCGGCUACCUCCUCCACAGGCACGGGCUUUGGCUUUGGUGCAACCAGCGGGCCUUCCACCGGCCUGUUUGGAAACACCGGAACGGGCACCAGCAGUGGACUUUUCUCCCAGCAGACAAACACAUUUGGAGCCAACAAACCUGCCUCUUUUGGAAGCUUUGGUACCAGCACCAGCAGUGGGGGCCUAUUUGGGUCCACCAACACCACCUCCAAUCCUUUUGGCGGCUCGAGCUCCCUGUUCGGAGCUUCUGGUUUUUCAGCCACACAGCAGCCAGGAACAACCGUAAAAUUCAAUCCUCCAACAGGAAGUGACACAAUGGUGAAAGCAGGCGUGACCACAAGCAUCAACACCAAACACCAAUGCAUCACCGCCAUGAAGGAAUAUGAGAACAAGUCUCUGGAGGAGUUGAGGCUGGAGGACUACCAGGCAGGCAGAAAGGGCCCGACCAACCCGAUGGCUGCUGGGGCAGGAGGUCUGUUUGGUGGAUCCACCGCAACGUCCAGUGCCACAACAGGUCUGUUCGGCUCCUCAGCCUCCAACGCCAACUUCUCCUUUGGCCCAAAUAAGACCACAUUUGGACCUUCAUCUUCUGGAACCUUUGGAACCACCACGGGAGGUCUGUUUGGAACACAGACCCAGCAACCAGCCGGGAGCCUCUUCAAGACCUUUGGUGCACCCACCACCACCCAGAGUACGGGGUUGUCCUUUGGUAACACCUACGCCAUGGGUCAGCCCAACACCAGCAGCAUGGGCCUGUUCGGGAACGCUGCGGCUCCUCAGGCGGGAAGCUUGUUUGGGACGACCCAGACCAGCACUGCCACUGGUUUUGGAACAGCCCCGGGACUGUUUGGCCAGCCCAGCUCCGGGUUUGGGAAUGUUGGCACACAGCAGAGUUUAUUUGGGAAUAAAACAGCCGGCUUUGGCACCACCACCACCAGCGCUCCGUCCUUUGGCACGGGAACCGGGCUGUUUGGGAACAAACCCACGCUGACCCUGGGAACCGGGACCAACACCUCCACUUUUGGUUUUGUAGCAAACCCUGCUGCUGGGGGUUUGUUUGGGAACAAGUCCACCACCGGAGGACUGGGAACUGGACUGGGAACUAGCUUUGGAACAGUCGGUACCGGUCCGAGUCUUUUUGGAAACAACCAGAACAAACUGGGCACCACACUGGGAACAAUGGGAACAUUUGGAGCAACUGGAUUCAGCGGUGGAACCGGCAGCCUGGGGUUCGGAGCUUCUCAGCAGCCCGUCGCUCUUUCAGACCCGAACUCCAGUGCUGCUCAGCAGGCCGUCCUUCAGCAGCAGCUCAGUGUCCUCGCCUACUCGCCCUAUGGAGACUCGCCACUCUUCAAAAACUCGCUGUCAGACCCCAAGAAGAAGGAGGAGCGUCUGAAACCGACCAAUCCCACUGCCCAGAAGGCCCUCACCACCCCAGCCCACUACAAGCUCACGCCCCGACCUGCUACCAGAGUCCGCCCCAAAGCGCUCUCGUCCUCCGGAGGAUCCAAGUCCCAGCUGUUCGACGGCCUGGAUGACGACGAGCUGUCUCUGGCCAACGGGGCCUUUGUUCCCAGGAAGAGCAUCAAGAAGCUGGUGCUGAAGAACCUGAACAACAGUCAGUACAGCAGUCCUCUGAACAGGGACGGGGAGGACCUGGCCUCGCCAUCACUUUAUCCUCACAACGGACUCGGCCAAACUGGUCUGGAGGAGCUCCAGGAGGUUCCGGUUCCCAGCAGUCAGGCUGACGACGACCCAGAAGUCUCUCAGUUCUACAUCAACCCCAUUGCCAAGCCCGUUCCACAAGGCCACACCCAGAGCAGCCUGCAGGACACCAUCAGCGACCUCAACAUGCACAAACAGGCCAGGAAUGGCCUAGAGCUGAGCAGUGAGGAUGUGUCAGCGUCUCUGGGAGAGAGGUCUCUGCAGGAUGAGAGGGAGGAGGAGGAGGAGGAGGAGCAGCAGGACAAGUCCCAGCAGUCUCCUCAUCCUGCAGGCGUGGUUCUGAAGCGGGUGGGUUAUUACACCAUCCCCUCCCUGGAGGAUCUGACAGACAUGAUGGAUGAAAGCGGCCAGUGUGUGGUGGAGAACUUCACCGUAGGAAGGAAAGGUUACGGCUCGGUCUUCUUCCCUGGAGAAAUUAACCUGACGGGUCUGAACCUCGAUGAAAUCGUCCAUUUCAGACGCAAGGAGGUCAUCGUUUACCCGGAUGAUAAAAGCAAGCCACCGGAGGGGGAGGGGCUUAACAGGCGGGCUGAGGUGACGCUGGAUGGCGUCUGGCCCAUUGAUAAGACCACCUGCAUGCAGAUCAGGAGCUCCGAACGCUUAACCGACAUGAACUACGAGGGCCGGCUGGAGAAGGCCUCCAGGAAGCAAGGAGCCCGCUUCCUGGAGUACCGCCCUGAAACCGGAUCCUGGGUAUUUGAGGUGGCACAUUUCUCCAAGUACGGUCUGCAGGACUCUGAUGAGGACGAAGAUGUCCCUCCUAAAACUGAGCCUAAGAAGCUGAAGACAAUGUCUCCUCAUGCAUCCAGGCUGCAGCAGGUGAUGCCCCCCUCCCAGCAGCAGGUGGCACCACAGGCUCAGUCCAACAAAGAAGACCUGAUGAGCAGUUUGGCAGAGCUGGACAGCGACAUGGCCGACAUCACACAGAGCCUCCCGACAGAGAGCAUGCUGGGAACGCAGGAGGGCUGCGAGCUGCUGCCUGGAGAUGUGGAAGCAACAGAGGUCGGAGGUCAGGUGUCGACCAAACACGAUGGUGUCAUGGCUUCCAGCCACAUCGCCUCGUCGCUGGGGAUCAACCCACACAGGCUACAGAUCAUGAAGGCUUCUCUGUUUACUGAUGAAGAUGACGCUGAUGAGCUCCAUCAUCACGGAGCAACAACAGCCUCCACUGAUGUUUCAUCUCCUCGCUUGGUCCUGCCAGGAGUGCAGAGUCGGUCCUCUGGUCUCCUCCAAACUCGUUUCACCUCUGGACUCCCUCCCUCUCCAGAGUCCAUCCGACCCCCUCCAUCUUGGUCUUGGGGGUCGCCGGCCCCCCCUGAGUCCUCUCGGCACCUGCAGAGGCACGGCCCUUGCCCAGCCUCUUUCCUGCUGCCCCCCCGAGCUUCCGAACCUGCAAUCAGGACCGUCGGGGUUCGUCGGCUUGGAGGACCCGUUCCGCUCGGGGAGUCUGUCACUCAUGGGAAGGGCGGUGUUAUGAUGGACACAGGCCUGUUUGUCUCCCGGUCCUUCAGAGUAGGGUGGGGUCCUGGCUGGACUCUAGCCCACAGCGGUACUCGGAUCAGUUCCCAGACCAAGUUGGUCCAGAACCAAGAAGUCAGAACUGGGACGGACUUCAGCUUCUUGCCUAAACCCACCAAGAUCCAACCGCUGAUUCAGAGCCCAUACAAGGUGGUUCUGGAGCUGCUGGUGUGUCUGGACUCGUCACAGGAGGACCAAAGUGAGGAGAGCCAAGAGUUGGUGCAGCGCCCCCUGGAGAUCUGUCUGAGGAACAGCAUCGUGGACAUCCCAAGUGGCACCAUCUGUCCACUAGUGACACCAAGGCCUGGGGUGGUGGCGCUGCACGAGUACACCAAGUGGAUCACUGAGCUGCUGGACCACCAUGGCGGCUGCGAGUCCCUCCUAGCUAACUGGGCUCAGGUCUGGUCCCUGUGUGAGGCCCUGUGGGGCCGGCUGGGCCCCUCUGAACAGGAGACAGAUUUGGAGCCAAACAGCGACUAUGAGCGGCAGCUGCAGAGGAGGCGUGCCGUCUCCUCUUGGCUGUCCCACGGGGCCUCCCACAGGGUGGAGGAGGAGGUGUCUCAGUCGGGGAAAGGUCGCAACACGGACGCCAUCUUCAGCUUCCUCACAGGCGGUCGCAUCAGUGAGGCGUGUCAACUUGCUCAGAAGGAAGGAGACUACCGUCUUUCCCUGCUGCUGGCUCAGGCCAUGGGCUCCCAGUUCUGCCGAGACCUGCUGGCCCUUCAGCUGACUGACUGGAACCGCUUACAGAUGGACCGGUACCUGACCGAAGAGCGGCUUCGCAUCUUCGUUCUGCUCGCUGGAAAACCUGUCUGGCAGUCUUCGGACUUGGUGAUCAACGUGUUCUCGGAGCUGGACUGGAAGCGCUGCGUGGCGGUCCACCUCUGGUUCAUGUUGCCGCCGACAGCGUCUGUGGCUGAUGCCUUCUCCGCGUAUGAAGCUGCCUUCCAGGGUUCAACAGAGGCAGGAAAGUACGCCUGCACACCAGUCCCUCCAUACCUGGAGGGGGAGGGGCCAGAGAAGGAAGAGGAGGAGUACAGACAGCCACUGUAUGAUCUGUGUUUCCACCUGUUGAAGCUCUAUGGCGACAGACACUAUAGCCUGCAACACCUGCUGGACCCGCUCACUGUCACCUGUAACCAGUUGGAUUACCGUCUCAGCUGGCACCUGUGGGGCGUCCUGCAGGCGCUGCACUACACCCACCUGAGCCCCUCACGGCAGGGGCUUCUCCACUCCAGCUACGCCGCUCAGCUGGAGAGCGCCGGCCUCUGGCACUCGGCCAUCUUCAUCCUGCUGCACCUCCCUGACCACAGCCAGCGGGAGCGGGCCGUCAGGGAGGUUCUGAUGCUGCACUGCCCCCUGCAGGACAACGAGGAGUCUGUCCGCCGCGAGCGCUUCCUGGUUGAGCAGCUGCUAAUCCCAGAGCAGUGGAUCCAUGAGGCCAAGGCCACCAGAGCCCAGAGAGACAAGGACCGGCACCAGCAGGCUCUGCACCUGUACCGGGCCGGUUACUGGAACCAGUGCCACCGGCUGCUGAUCCAGCACCUGGCCUCAGACUGCAUCAUCAACGAGAACCACGACUAUCUGCUGGACUUCCUGGAGGGACUGGCGGUCCCAGAACACAGCGCCACCAUCCAGGACUGGGACACGGCAGGGAGGGUCUACCUGGACUACAUCCGGGUGAUCAAGUCCCUGCAGGUCAUCCAGCAGACGGAGAAUGCUGGCUACGAGUUGGAGUGCCUCUACACUGACAUCACGUCGCUCUGCAGCAGGAUCGAGUUGCUGCCCUGCAGCUCCGCCAGAGACCGCCUCGCCCAAUCAGAGAUGGCGAAGCGUGUGGCGAACAUUCUGCGAGUGGUUUUGAGUCUGCAGCAGGGCGAUGUGGCGGCAAAUUCGCUCAGCAUCCCGCUGGCCCAGCUGGCACCACAUGUGGGUCGCCUGCCGAUGCCAGAAGACUACACGCUGGAGGAGCUGAGGGGACUCACGCAGUCAUACCUGAGGCAGCUCAUUGUCAGCCAAUGAGAGCCACCGAUCGCUUCUGGCCAAGGUCACCAAUAUACCCAGUCCAGCCCAGAAGGUCCCAGAGCCGUCACUGGUAAAAACCUGCAGAACUAAAGGAGUUCUGCUUCAGUCGGUUCGGAUGGUCCAAAACCAGCCAGCCGGUUAGCUUCAUGGACUCCGAACAUCUAAAUUCGUCAGAGCGUCCGAUUCAGUGGUUUCGUCCUUGUGGUCUGAACCUGGCGGGAGCAGAGCAGUCUUCUUGUUCAUAUGUGCAUAAAAGCAGGAGCGCGGUGCCAGAACCGGGAACCUUUCUAUUUUUGUAGAUUUUGUUUUGGGCGUAAAUCACGUGUUUGGUCCAGAUGGGUUCAGGGAACGUGGUGUUUUUAUGUCAUCGCCAAGCGUUGCAGCUUUUCUGGGCGGUUUCUGAUGUGUGUGGACGUGCGUGCUGUCCUGAUGGUUUGUUAAAGUUUUUAAUAAAGUUGUAGAAAUAA